ACAUUUGACAGUUUAUAUACUCAUAGAACAUGUUCACAUAUUGAAUUGCCUGUCUACCUUUUUACUUACCUAUGUUAUAUUCGACGCCAUCCAUUUUGUAGAUUUUUAAUUUCAACAAUAAUUAUUUGAUAUAUUCUAUAUUGCUAUCAAAAGAAAUGGGUGAAGAAAAAGACGGUAAAGAACGAGAUCGCAGUAGAGAUAGAAGUGAUAGAAGAAAACGUUCCCGGUCUAGAGAACACAGACGCCGGUCUAGAUCCAGAAGUAAAGAGCGUGUUAGAAGAAGGAGUCGAUCCUCUUCCAGAGGCAGACACAGUAGUGGUUUUUCUAGGAGACGCAAACCUUCUUUAUAUUGGGAUGUCCCGCCACCAGGUUUUGAACACAUUACACCUCUCCAGUACAAAGCUAUGCAAGCAGCAGGACAGAUUCCAGCUAAUAUAGUGGCAGAUACACCUCAAGCAGCGGUUCCUGUAGUGGGAUCAACCAUUACAAGGCAGGCAAGACGUUUGUAUGUUGGCAACAUUCCUUUUGGAGUAACUGAAGAAGAAAUGAUGGAAUAUUUUAAUCAGCAGAUGCAUUUGAGUGGGUUAGCUCAAGCUGCUGGAAAUCCGGUAUUAGCUUGUCAAAUUAAUCUUGACAAGAACUUUGCGUUUUUGGAGUUUAGGUCAAUUGAUGAAACAACACAAGCUAUGGCUUUUGAUGGUAUUAAUUUUAAAGGUCAAAGUUUGAAAAUUAGAAGACCCCAUGAUUACCAACCAAUGCCAGGUAUGUCUGAAAAUUCCAUCAGCGUACCUGCAGGUGUAAUUAGCACUGUUGUACCAGAUUCCCCACAUAAGAUAUUUAUAGGAGGACUUCCUAAUUAUCUUAACGAAGAUCAGGUAAAGGAAUUGCUGAUGUCUUUUGGUCAGUUGAGGGCUUUCAACCUCGUGAAAGACACUGCUUUUGGAUUAAGCAAAGGUUAUGCUUUCGCCGAAUACAUUGACAUUACAAUGACCGAUCAGGCUAUCGCCGGUCUCAAUGGUAUGCAAUUAGGAGAUAAACGUCUAAUCGUUCAAAGAGCAAGCGUGGGUGCUAAAAAUACGACAGUUCUACCAGCAGUACAAAUACAAGUUCCUGGUCUCAGUUUGGUGGGUGCUUCUGGACCCGCUACUGAAGUUUUAUGUCUUCUCAAUAUGGUUACACCUGACGAACUUAAAGAUGAAGAAGAAUAUGAGGAUAUUCUUGAAGAUAUUAAAGAAGAAUGUAACAAAUACGGUGUAGUUAGAAGUAUUGAGAUACCUAGACCGAUAGAUGGUGUGGAAGUACCAGGAUGUGGAAAGGUAUUUGUCGAAUUCAAUUCCGUAUUGGAUUGUCAAAAGGCCCAACAAACGCUGACAGGCAGAAAGUUUAGCAAUCGUGUUGUAGUGACAUCCUACUUCGAUCCUGAUAAAUAUCACAGAAGGGAAUUUUAAUUAAUAUUAUUUUUUUAAGAAUGUAGUUAAGUUACAAUGUUUAUUAAUGUAUCAAUAAUAAUUUCGAUUCUUUUAGCUCAUACCAGUAAUUAUAUGUCUUUAAAAUAUGUUUUUAAUUUUAUGUAUAGAAUCCAUUACUCUUUUUUUAUACUGUAGUACUCCUACUAAAUCCAAAAUUAAUUUUGUAGGAAUAAAUGUAUAAAAAAACA